CCCAACAGUCAGCCGCGGGCAACGUUAGUUCACUGUUGGACACGAAGGUGGUGGUACGAUCAUUUUAGGCCAGGCGUGGGGUCGCUGUGAUUUCGUAUUUUAUGCCUAUAUGAACUCCGAAGGGUGAAAUUAUAGAAAGUGCAUUUACAGAGUGAUUACCUAAUACGAUUUGGAGUUUACAUUCGGACAGAUUGACCCAAUACAAGCCUUCAAGAUGGGUUCAGGCAUGGAUAGGAGAGUGGCGACAGCCUUGCUAAUGAUAUGGGCCUGUGUCACUGGAGGAGCAUGGGCAUACUCUGUUGGCGCGCCCGAUUCCACCUGUGCAACCAGAGUUCCCCUCCAUGGUGCCGACCCGCAAACCAGCAGCUCCCCGUACACCAUCACUCCGAGUUCAGUGAAGGUGAAUGGUGGACAGAGGAUGCUGGUUGCACUGCAGGCGGACGAGAACGACGCAUUCAAGGGGUUCUUGUUACAGGCGCGGGAGUCUGAUAGCCGGAAAAUGACGGGGACUUUCUUUACCGUUGACCACAAGUACCUUAACUGCGAGAACGGCAUGAAUAAUGCUGUUACUCAUAGUGGCCCUGGAAACAAGGCCAGGGUGAUGCUCGAGUGGGAACCUCCCUCAGACUUCUCCGGCGAUGUCGUCUUUAUAGGGUCAUUUGUGCGUGACAAGGAAACCUUUUGGGUGGAUGUCACCUCAGAAAAGGUCACAGUCUCCAAGCGAGGAGUUCCUGGUGAAUCCACCACCGCAGCCACCACCACCACCACCGCCACCACCACCACUACUACCACUCUUCCCCCUGCCAGUUCCGUACCUUCUGUAAGCUCAGAUUCGGACACAGUUGGUGCAGAGAAUGCGGGUGACGUUGUCAUCAGUGUGGUUGAUGCACCUAGUGCAGAUGUAGUUGAGAAUGACAUAAGUCUGGUUGGUCCUGAGGAUAAUAGUGCUCCCUCAUCCACUUUUGCUUCCUUCCCAACUUCACUUUCCACUUCCCCAGUAUCUCUCACUACAACUAUUAAUCCUGGUAGUUCCAUUAGUGAGAGUAGUGCAGAUAGCGGUAGAACUAGCCCAGUGGGUCCUAGUGAGGGCGAAGGUGUUACAGAGGAAGAAGAGACAGGAGCAGUUGAAGAUCCUCCGGAAAAGGUUGGUACUACAGAGAGGACCACCAAGAGAACACGACAGAAGUUUGGUUUGCUGGGGCGCUUCAGGACUACAGCAGCGCCUGCCACUACCACCACCACCACCACCACCACUGAACCCUCUACCACUCAUGCACCUAGAGAACCUAGUCAAGACCUGCCACCAGAGGAACAGAACAUGGAACGUGACCUGACAAACAUCUAUGACGACUGUGAGAAAGCAAAAGGAUGCUUUGGCUUCCCUGCAGGCUGUGAGGGAAAGAACAACUGCGACAUGAUGAUGACCUACUCUAAAGCUUCUUCUGGAUACAAGUUUGAAAUCAUGGGAACCAUUAACUCUGGUUAUGUUGCUGCUGCUCUCUCUGAUGAUGAAAAGAUGGGAUCGGACAGUGUUAUGGCAUGCAGAGUUCUGAAUGGUGAAGUGGAUGUCCUCAUGGCUUAUAAUAAUGGAAAGAGCAAUGAGUUACUUGCUAAAAGCAAAUAUGGCUUAAGUGAUAUUAAGACGCUACAAGUAGAUGGCAAGGUGUACUGCACAUUCAUCCGCCAGGCCCUAACAGAGAUUACAGCCGUUACUUUUGACCUAGAUACUGAUACCUUCCAUUUGAUGCUUGCCACAGGUCCUGCAGGGGAAAGUGGACUGCGAUACCAUGAUAAUCGCAUUGCAUCAUUUGGGAGUUCUUCCCUGGAUAAAUUUGAUUCUCUUGGGGUUUCUAGUGAAAUCUUCAAGACACUCCAUGCUUGCUUCAUGAUUGGUGCCUGGAUCUGUGCUGCCUCUUGUGGCAUUAUUUUUGCACGUUAUUACAAGACUACCUGGCUGAGGCAUCGUUGCUGUAAUAUUGACCAGUGGUUCCAUUUCCAUCGCCUCUUUAUGGGACUGACAUGGGGCUUGACAGUGACUGGCUUUGUUCUCAUUGUCUACUACUUGAAAGGCUGGACUGACCUUGAGCCUAGUCAAAAUCCUCAUGCUGUUCUUGGAAUCAUUUCUACUGGUAAGGAUGAUACUGUAUUUAUGUACAGUCUCGUUCAAGAUUCUUCGAACACUGUUGGAGACAGCUGGCUACACGAGGCUGUUUGUUUACUAUAGUACGUAGUAUAAUAUA